AUGACCCCACAGCUGACCGAACCAUCGUCGUUCUCCUCCGUGGCCGACACCCUAGAGUACGCAUCUUUAGACUGGAUCGGCGACGACUCCUGUUGGCUCCAGUCGUCAGCGAAUCAGGAGGAAAAAUCAUCUCUUUCUGAGGUGAAAAUAGCCGUACUAGGCCCGGGCGUUGGCAAGAGUGCUCUCAUCGUUCGGUUCCUCACUAAGAGGUACAUCGAAUACGAUCAUCAAGCAGAACAGAGGUACAGGAAUGAAAUCUUGGUGGACGGUGAACCUGUUCUUUUUGAGAUACUGGACACCUGUAACAAGAACAGUGAAGCUCUCCCUUCGUCAGACACCAUCGGGUGGGCCGACGGCUUCCUGCUGGUGUCUCCUAUUACCGACAGACAAAGCUUCAGCUGGGUCAGAAAAUGACUCCACAUCAGCGAGAGGAAGGCCAGUGGGCGAGGAGGACUAGGAGGGGCGGCCACCCUCACGCCCACGCCGCCCAUGACCGUGGGUGGGGAUGUAUCACCCAGCCUCCGGCCACCCAUGGUUCUCUUGGCUAAUAAAGCUGACAUGGUCCACCUGAGGCAGGUGUCUACUGACGAAGGUGAGAUACUGGCCAAGGACCUGGAGUGCUACUUCAGCGAGGGCGCGUCCAAACACGUCCUCCAGGUGGCCACGGCCUUCCACGAGGUGUUCAGGAAGUUCAAAACGCCAGGAAGAGGAACAACUUCAUUACUGGACAGAGUCUUAGGACCGCUACGAGGAUCUACGUCGGGGAAGAGUGACUCAGCGUUACCUAAAGACUCACUGAAACUCACCUUGUAG